GAAGAGACGAGAUGGGACGACUUUAGAGCGACGAAAUGUCCAAAGACAGCUGAACGGAUUAAAUCAGCAUCAUGUCCAUCAGUGUGAAUCUGGGGAGGAUCUCCAACCUGCCGGGACGUUCAGACAGAAAAGUCGAACUGUGUUUCAGAGGUUUCAUCCAAAAAACCAGAGUCCUGCAGAGUGAGAGCGUGGCCAUCUUUGAUGAGUAUUUUCGUUGGCCUCACUAUGGCAAAGUGGUCAGAGAUGAAGUUUUGUCCGUCAGUGUUUACAACUGCAGUAAAGUCUUCUCAAACAGACUGCUCGGCAAACUUGUGGUCAGUCUCCAGCAUGUUGUUACCUCAGGGAGGCUGUUGCUACGGGAACCACUCACUGACGCCAACUACAGCUUGACUGACAUCUAUAUCGAGCUGGAUAUCAACUAUCAUCCAGUUGAGGGAUCUGCAGGAGGAUGGGUGGGACUUGACUUCCUGGAUGUUGAAGAGAAAGAUGAAUCAGGUAUGAUCAUCAGGAAUGAAGGAUUUGACGACCCAGAGAGUCAGAGGAAUUCCGUUCGACCAGAUGAGCUCGAGCGGGAGGCCCGACGUCUGGGCCGAAGCCUGGUCAUGACUGGAGAUGAAGAAGACGACGACGACGAUAACGAUUAUGACGAUGACCUGGCGGACCUGGAGUCUUCCAACAUCACUAUCACUCCUCUGCUGAGUCGGUGCAGGCCACUGUCCAGAAGUGUCAUCGCAGGAACACCCAGAGUACAUAGCUUCCAGGUAAAUGUAAACAUCCUGGAGGCUCAGAAGUUGGUUGGAGUAAACAUCAGUCCUGCAGUUUUCAUCAGAGUGGAAGAUCAGAAAAGACACACAGCGACGCAGAAAUCGACCAACUGCCCGUUCUACAACGAGAACUUCCAGUUUGAGUUUCAGGAGGCUCCACAGAUCCUCUUUGAUAAAGUCAUAGAGAUAAAGGUGUUCCACAGAAGGACUCUGGCCUUCCUGAUGACCCACAUUGGAACAUUUAAAAUUGACAUCUCCACCAUUUACAACCAACCAGAUCACCGCUUCUACCAGAAGUGGGCACCUCUCACUGACCCGGCAGACACCAGAUCAGGGAUCAAGGGUUACGUUAAGGCUAGCCUCAGUGUGUUUAUGAAGGGAGAUGCUCUGAACAUGCCCAGUCUGCUGCCAGGCUCCACGUCUGGGGCCAGUGAGGAUAUCGAGAAGAACCUGCUGCUCCCUCGGGGUAUGGCUUCUGAGCGACCGUGGGCUCGUUUCCGUGUUCGUAUUUACAGGGCCGAGGGUCUGCCCACCAUGGAUUCGGGUCUAAUGGCCAAGAUGUCGAAGGUCACUGACCGGACAGUCUUCAUUGACCCUUAUGUACAAGUGACCUUUUCAGGACAACAGGGGGAGACAUCAGUCGGUAGCGCCACCAGUUGUCCAGUUUGGAACGAGGAGAUCAACUUCAUUGAACAGUUUCCUCCUCUGGCGCAACGAAUCAGAGUCCAAGUCCUUGAUGAUGCCAAAAUGGGAGACAUCGCCCUGGCAACACACUUCCUGGAUCUGCAGCAGAUUUCUGACCCCACCAGGAAUGGGUUUAACCCCACCUUUGGGCCCAGUUGGGUCAACCUGUAUGGUUCUCCGAAGAACUCCACCCUUGGAGACGUCCACCAGGCUUUGAACCAGGGUCUUGGUGAAGGAAUCUUUUAUCGUGGUCGAAUCCUCCUUGCCCUCAGUGUGGAGGUCUACGCCUCACCGGCCGCUGCCGUAGCAGAUACAGGCUCAGUCUCCCUGGGAAAGGUGAAAGGAAAACUGGGGAAGCUUGGACUGAGGAGGAAGAGGAGCAGCAAGAAGAAGGAGAAGAAUGAAGGUCAUGGAUUUCUCAGUGAGUCAGGAGAUGCAGGAGUUGAGGUACCAGAAUCUGUUACCGUGGAGACUGAGGAGAUCCACCCUCUCCCUGAGGGUUUCCUGGGGGAAAGGGAGGAUUUUCUGCUGUUUGCAUCUCUGUUUGAAGUCACAAUGAUAGACUCGUCUGUAGGAACCAGACCACUGACGUUUGAACUCUCCAUAGGGAAUUAUGGGAAAGCGGUGGGGAUUGGGAGAUCCAAGAAGAACCAGAGCAGGGAGGAGCUGAGAAGGAGCAGAGAGGAGCUAAGGAGUAGCAGGGAGGAUCUGAGUGAGGAAGCACAGGGUCUGCUGGAGUCAGAGGAGGAGCUCGACAAGGAGGAGAUGCUGAAUCUGGAACCUGAGAACAGAUCAUUGUCCACUCCUAUGAGACCCCAGGCUACUGAGUAUGACAGGUCAUACCAGUGUCUUCCCCUCCAGCCUCCCUCCAUGAAACAGAAGCCUUGUCUGUUUGUCUGGAGUCAGUUUGAAGAUCACAGCUUUCGUCUCAAUCAGGCAAACUGGCUUAGCAAGAUGGCCGACAGGCUGGAGUAUGGUCUUGAUGAGGUGGAACGACUCCUGAGGAGGCCGAAGAGUAAUGCGAAGGAACGUUUGGUGGCGGUGCUCCUGGAGCUCUUGGCCUCCUGCAAGCAGUUUACUGUUUUCGCAGAAAGGAAGUCUCAGUGUCGUCCCAACAACCUUGACAGAUGCAGGAAGGAGUUCAUCAAGAAGAAUUUGGUCCUGCUGGCCAGACAGGCAGUGAGGGCCAGACGUAGGAUAACCAGGCGGCUGGCCAAACAGCGGUUGAUGGAUACCAGGAAACUCCUGAAGAAACUCCGCCUUCUGGCUAAAGAGCCCCAGAAUACCAUCCCGGAUGCGUUUCUGUGGUUACUGAGUGGAAGCAAGCGAUUGGCUUACAUCAGAAUCCCUGCCCACUCCAUCUUUUUCUCAUUGGUGGAGGAGCAGAAGGGACGAGACUGUGGCCGAGUCACCACCCUGUACAUGAAGUCUCCAGGAAGUUCAGCAAGGGAGAUCUUUGCUAAGCUUGAGGUCUACCUGUGGCUUGGUCCAUCCAAGUACAGUAAAGAGGCAACCAAAAGCUUACCGGAGGAGUUCCUGCCGGUCUAUGAGGAGGAGGCGGAGGAGCAGAGGAACCUUGACACUGCGGGGAGGAGGAAACUUCCUGUUAGUUUGUCCUGCCAGGAUAGCAGGUACUUCCAACUACGAUGUCACCUGUACCAGGGGCGUGGCCUAAUUGCAGCUGACGACAACGGCCUGUCAGAUCCCUUUGCCAAGGUUCUUUUCUCUACCCAGUGCCAGGUCACCAGGAUGUUGCCUGACACGCUCUCUCCAGCCUGGUGUGAGUGUUUGUUGUUCGACAGAGUCCUGCUGGAAGGAACAAGGGAGGAGCUCCAACGAGACCCGCCCCUCAUCAUCAUCAACGUCUUUGACUAUGACUCAAUGGGUAGUCCGAAGCCGCUGGGUCGGGCGUUUGCAGAGCCAGAGUUUAAACCUGUGGAGCAGUUCUACCAGAGGCCCAACCUCCAUUUCUUUGACAUCAACUUGGGAAGGGCCCCUGCCGGCGAGCUGUUGGCUGCCUUCGAGCUCAUCGAGCUGGACUACUCUGGGUUUGGAGAGCCCUGCCUCCCCAGCAGUACAGACCCUCAGGAAUUGACCUACAUUGAGGAGGAGAGAUAUUACAUCAUCCCAGAAGGAGUCCGACCUGUUCUGAAGACCUUCAGGAUAGAGGUGCUGUUCUGGGGUCUGCGAGAGCUGAAGAGGGUGCAGCUCUUUGAGGUGGAGCGCCCCCUGGUGAGGGUGGAGUGUGCAGGAAGACAGCUGGAGUCUGAAGAGGUCGAGAACUACAAGACUCACCCCAACUUUAAAGAGCUGGUCCGCUACAUUGACGUGGACCUGCCGGAACAGGCCUACCUCCAUCCUCCUCUGACAUUGUUUGUGGUUGAGCAUCGAGCCUUCGGUCGACUUGCUCUAGUUGGGUCCCACGUGGUCCAGAGUCUCAUGUAUUAUGCCCCACCUGAGCUGGGGGGGAGGGAAGAGGAGGAAGAUGACGAGCCUCAACCAAAAGCGGUGAGGCGGAACACAGUGAACGUCAACACUCUGUCCACAGUGAAGAAGAUGGGACUCAGCACCCUGACAAUCAAACAGUCGAAGAUUCCCUUCAACCCCAUGAAGCUGGUUCGCUCUCCUCUGAAGAAAUUGAUGACAAAGGGGGAGGAGCUGGAAGAGGAGCUGCCAGAGAAGGAGGAGUUGGACUGGUGGUCGAAAUAUUAUGCUUCAGUGGACGAGCUAGAGAGACAGGCUGCUGAUGAACAGGAUAUGGAGGAACAAGCAGAUGGAGAUGGAGCGAAUCUGACCAUGGCGAACAUCGAAGAGGAAGAGGAGGAGGUUGUGGUGAUUGAGAUCGAACCUCCCAAGCGCAAGACGAUCGCCACACUGAAGCUGUAUGGAGGUGAUCUGGAGUCAGAGUUCAGUCAGUUCCAGGACUGGCUGCAGAUCUUCCCGCUGUAUAAAGGCAAAGCGAGCACUGAGGACGAGGCUGAGGACGAAGAGGAGCGGUUGAUGGGGAAAUACAAGGGCUCCUUCUUGGUUUAUCCGAUUGAUUUAGAAGACAGAGAAGAAACCAAGUGUCAGAUCACAGAUGGAAUCCCCAAAAAUUCACCCAUCAAAGUCUUAGUCCGAGUCUACAUUGUCAAGGCCACCAGUCUGGCUCCCACAGACCCGAACGGUAAAGCUGACCCGUACCUGAUAAUUCGAGUCGGACAGCAGAGUCUCGACACCAAAGAUCGAUACAUUCCCAAGCAGCUAAACCCCACGUUCGGAGAGGUGUUUGAACUCACCGUAUCUUUCCCACUGGAGACAGAGCUGGGUAUCAUGGUGAUGGACCACGACCUCAUUGGCGCUGAUGACGUCAUUGGCGAGACACGGCUCGACCUGGAGAACCGGUUCUACAGCCGCCACAGAGCCGGCUGUGGGCUGGCUCUCUACUAUGACACGGAUGGCUACAAUAUUUGGCGGGAUGCAAAGAACCCAUCCGCCAUCUUGGCCGAGCUCUGCAAAGAGAACGGCAUCCCGUCUCCGGAGUACAGAACAUCUCAGGUCAAAGUCCUCAACAAGAUCUUCAAAAUCCCACCAGACGCAGUACCUGAAGGUCUGCUGAAGAAGAACCAGCUCUCUCCAGAGGAGCAGGCAGAGAUAGAGGAGCACGCGGCCCUGAGUGUGCUGCAGCGCUGGGGGGAGAUGAGCGAGUUCCUCCCUGGCGCCAUCCGUCUGGUCCCAGAGCACGUGGAGGUCCGGUCCCUGCUGAACCCGGACAAACCUGGACUCCCACAGGGUUACCUUCAUAUGUGGGUGGACAUGUUUCCUAACGAUGUCCCAGCCCCGCCCCCUGUUGACAUCAAGCCCCGCCUACCUGAACAGUACGAGCUGCGCGUCAUCAUCUGGAACACGGACGAUGUGUUUCUGGACGAUGUCAACCCGUUCACUGGUGACCCGUCAUCCGACAUCUACGUUAAAGGAUGGAUAAAGGGACUGGAUGGAGAGAAACAGGAAACUGACGUCCACUUCAACUCUCUGACUGGAGAAGGAAACUUCAACUGGAGAUUUGUGUUCCGCUUCGACUACCUUCCAACUGAGAAAGAGGUGGUUUUUAAGAAGAAGGAGUCCUUCUUCUCUCUGGAGGAGUCGGAGUUUCGACAGCCGGCUGUUCUGACGCUGCAGGUGUGGGACUAUGAUCGCAUCGCAGCCAACGAUUUCCUGGGCUCCAUCGAGCUUCGUCUCAGCGACAUGGUGCGAGCAGCAAAGUCGUCCGGUCAGUGCUCGAUCGGGAUGGCGAAGGAUCGGGCCAGCCCCCGAUUCUCCAUCUUUCGUGCCAAGAAGAUGAAGGGCUGGUGGCCACUGACCCGCCUGAAGACGGCCGAGGACAUCGAGAAGGAGGAGAAGGAGAAGGAGGAGGCCAAGAAGAAGGGAAAGAAGAAGAAGAGCAAGGACAAGAGGACAAAGUUGAAACGGGAGCAGCUCCAGUACACCGACAGCAGCGGCAACACCUUCCUGCUAAUGGGGAAGGUGGAGGCCGAGCUUCAGCUGGUGGCAUUGGAGCAGGCGGAGGCCAACCCUGUGGGGCGGGCCCGCAAAGAACCGGAGCCUCUGGACAAACCAAAUCGUCCAACCACCAGCUUCAACUGGUUCGUCAACCCGAUGAAGACCUUCAUCUUCCUCAUCUGGAAGAAGUUCAAGAAGUUCAUCAUCACUGUGAUUAUCCUCGCCAUCCUUGCGCUCUUCCUCUGCCUCAUCGUCUACACACUGCCACAGCAAAUCUCCGCACUCGUCAUCAACGGAUGAAGAAACGUGCAGAGUGUUCAUCACCUCCAGCUCCACCAUCAUGUCCCAGCACAGGUUUCUCAGUUUACGACUAACUGGCGUCAUAUUCUCUCCUCCAGCCGAUCACUGUGGAACUCAAUCAUGAUUUAAUACAUUCAGCCUGGACUUCACUACAUUACCCAGCGUCCCCACUGAUCUGAGGAUGAUUGAAGUAUUUAGGAUUCUCUUUUACUGUCAUUCACAACCAGAGAAAAUUACUGGACACCUUUUACUUCAUGCUUAGCCUAUAUACAUAUUAAUAUAAUGUCAUUUAAAUAUUAUUACUGUGUAGCAUCACUGGCCAAACUUACAUCCAACAAAUAAGCACUUUUCCAAAACAAAAAGAUUCACACUAUUGUGUACAAGUUUAAUUUUGUUGAUUAAAUACAGUUGUUGUUGCGAGUUUCUUUUUAAUGUUAAAAGCAAAUAAAUAAGUAAAAUAAAGAUGCACUGACAGAGAGCUGAAGUUGAUAUUUUCAUUCAUACCAGUUUCAGAAAGAUCAAUGUGAAUGUUUGCUGCUAUUUCUGAGUGAAUAAAUAAAUAAAUAUGAAUAUCAGUUAGAAUGAUUCUGUCUGUUUGAAGGCAGUGAAGAGAAAACCCACAAAUAUUCAGUUAUUAAUUCCCCAAAUGCAUUGUGACAAAUGAAUGUAAAAUGAAUAUUAUUUCAUAUUCAUUUAAGAUUAAAUUAUCUUUCAUUGUAGUAACCAGGGGACGAACUGGAUCCGUAUCAGAUCAGAAUGGGAGGAAUAGGAAGUGGACAGGCUCACAUGUGUUUCAUCCUCUGGAGUCCGAACCUUUUUACUCGUAGAUAAUUCAGUGUAAUAAUGAGGAAAAACACAGUUUGACAGAUGAAGCUGUGUUGAAGUCAGGACUCAGCCUCCAGACUCCAAACCUCCUCGUCCUCGUCUUCAGUCUGAACCACAGGAAGUCUGAAUGGUUUGUUUACAGACGCCGGCUGCGAUUGUUUCCUCUGAGACUCUGAUGAUGAUGAUGGAUCAUGUGGAGAUGAAUGUUAACUCGUGUCAGAGACUAGAAGGGAAGUUACAUGUGAAAACCAGUGAACAGUUUGGGUUGUGCUGCUGUUCGAGGAGUCCCUCUCUGUUUUCUGCCAUGCUAGCUUCAGAGAUGGUUACGUCACUCUAUCUGUUUUCUGAGUUUUGUUUCUGUUUAUAGACAAACCAGUCUGAAUAAAACCAUAUACACCCAAGUGAUUUUCAUAUUAUGUUAAACAAGUUUCUUUCUUUCUGUCUCUAAAACAAAACAACUUCUUUUUUAA